AUGGGAGUACCCACCUUCUACCGAUGGCUGGUUACGAGGUACCCAAAAAUAGCCAAAGCAACCUACGAGACCAGAGACAGCGAUGUGUACGCAAGGAGAACGAAGAUUCAGGAUGGACACCGUGAUGCGGAGGGAAAGGCUACCUAUAGAGUACCAGAUCUGAGCGAUUAUGUAAACAACACAGAUGAAAACCACUGCUCAGACAACAUAAAUGGCUACUUCGAUAAUUUGUAUCUUGACAUGAAUGGAAUAAUCCACUUGUGCUCCCAUAGUGAUAAUAGCAGGAGAGCCAAAAGUAACGAAGAAAUAUUUCUAAAUAUUUUUUUGUACAUAGAACGUUUGUUUGAUAUAAUUGAGCCCCGGAAACUUCUUUACAUGGCCAUUGACGGAGUAGCUCCAAAGGCUAAAAUGAACCAGCAGAGGAGUCGAAGAUUUAAAUCUAUCCUCUGUUCAGAAAUUGAAAGAAAAGCAUACAUUGAAUUGAGAGAAAAAUUUUUAUCAGAAAAUCGAGAAGUUCCAGAGGAGUUCACCUUCUGGGACAGUAACAUUAUAACCCCAGGGACUCAAUUCAUGUAUGAAUUGUCAGUUGCCUUGAAAUAUUUCGUGGAGCAUAAAAUUACAAAUGAUGACAAGUGGAAGAAUAUUGUAGUUAUUUUUUCAGAUGCUAAUGUUUGUGGAGAAGGGGAACAUAAAAUAUAUAAUUUUAUAAAAUCACAGAGGGGUCAACCUGGUUACGAUCCUAACACCAGGCAUGUAAUUCACGGGAUGGACGCAGACUUAAUUAUGUUAUCGUUAGCUAGUCAUGAACCCUAUUUUUAUAUCCUAAGAGAAAUAAUUAUUCUAGAUUCUAAAGGGGAGGAAAAGGUUCAAGAUAAGGAUUUCGUGGGGAAGCUCAAGAGUAAGCAGGAUUUACCUCUCUGUACCACACAUAUGAGAAAAACGAAAAAAAUAUAUACCAAGUAUAACGACCCACAUUAUGCUAACAUAAACAAAAGUCCAAACUAUUCAAUUAAUGAUGAAAACUGGAACGAAUUGCAAAUUUUAGAUUUAACAAUUUUGAGGGAGUAUCUAUCGAAGGAAUUUUUCUUCGAUUCAUCUUACAACUUGGAAAGGUGCAUUGAUGAUUUUAUUUUUAUUUGCUUUCUCUGUGGAAAUGAUUUUCUCCCACAUUUGCCUUCCAUUUCAAUUGCCGCUGGAAGCAUAGACCAGCUUGUUCUACUAUACCAGAAGGUUCUUCCCGUUCUGGGAGAUUAUCUAAUUAAUGAGGGCAAGAUUAAUUUGAAGCCUUUUUCCAAAUAUGUGUCCUUCAUCGCGGAGGUGGAAAGAGAGACAUUCAUUUCGCAGUACGAUUUUAAGAAAAAAAGGGAAAAGAGGGAUCAGCAAAAGGAUUCCCUAAAGAGGGUUAAGUGCACCGAUGAGGAAAAUGAUGGUUCGGGAAACAUCGCAGCGAUGCUGACGGAUGGUCCGGGGAAUAGCCGUGAUUAUGAUAUUGUCGGAGGGGAAGGUGGCAAUUCAAAUAGGGAGGGAAGUGUACAGUUUAAGGAUUCCACGGUAAUAGGCAACCAAACGGGGACACCAUCAGGAAGUUCACUACCCCCCGCGGUAUCGCAACCCGCACCCGUGAAUAAGAAAAUGCUGUAUGAGUCCAAAAUACAGAGCAUGCAACCAAUCAGGAAUUUCAAGUUUAAGGAAAAGAAGGGUGAGAAGAGCAUCAACUUCCUCGUGCGGCCGGCGUCGUCUUCAAUUUCGGAGCAGACAACCAACAACGAACCGUCGACUUUGCAGAAUGUAAUGGAGGAGGAAAUCCCUGCAUCGUUGGAGGAAGAACAAUGUAAGGAACAGCCCAAUGGGGAGGAAGAACAAUGUAAGGAACAGCCCAAUGGGGAGGCAGAACAAUGUAAGGAACAGCCCAAUGGGGAGGAAGAACAAUGUAAGGAUCAGCCCAAUGGAGAAGCAGAACAAUGUAAGGAACAGAACGACGCGGAGGCACCACAACCGAAGGAUCCUCCCCCCAAAGGAGACCUUCAGUUCGACAUAGAAGACAUGGAAACCAAACGAAUAAACGAUAUUAACGAAUUUAACAUGCUCCUUAGAGAGGCUGUCAAAAAGGCAGGCAAGUGUGAACACCCCAAAGAGGACGUAGAACUUGGGUGUGAUGAAAAUCCAGAGGUGAUCAGAAUAAAAUACUACAAAGCCAAGUUCCAUUUAGACGAAACCGACUAUAUAGACGAUUUUGUGAAAGAAGUGGUAUAUAAAUAUAUUGAAGGACUGGCUUGGGUGCUUUCAUAUUAUUUUCAAUCUUGUCCCAUGUGGCAUUGGUAUUAUCCCUAUUAUUAUGCACCCCUGUCAUCAGAUUUAAUUAUUGAUAAUGUGAAUUUUAUCUUCCAAAAGGAUGAACCGAUUCUCCCCCUUGAGCAGUUACUUUGUGUGUUGCCAUCGAAUUCCAGUCACUGCCUACCUAAGGGGUACAGAGAGUUAAUGGUCCGACCUGAUUCCCCCAUUAUUGAUUUUUACCCGAAAACCUUUAAAGAGGAGGAAAACGGGAAGAAAUACAAAUAUCAGUGGGUUAUCCUCCUCCCUUUUGUAGACAAGGAGAGGAUUAUCAAACAUGCCAGAGAGCUGAAUGACACGUUAACUGAGGAAGAGAAGAAGAGGAAUCGCAGAGGGAUGAACAAAAUUUAUAUGAACUGUUCACACCCUCUUUCGAAGCAAAUUACCAAGUCGAUAAAGGCGUACGUGAAGAAAAUGAAGGAGGAGGGUGAGAAGAAGAACGAUACUGAUAUGAACAGCACCGACAAUGCGAAUGUUAAUCCGCCCGCUGAUAAUACCACCGAGGGGGAGGCUCUGGCCGUUAGCGAGAGACCAACCAAUGUGGAAGAAGAAAGCGAGCAAAAACGGAAAGGAGGCGACAACAACAGCGAAAACGCAUACGAUCAGCUUUUUAAGAAUAUGAAUUUAACCAUCCCCAUAAGUAACAACCGAGACAUGAACCUGUUUGGCUAUCUCAAUUGCAAACACGAAGACAGUGACGUUAACAUUUUAAAGAAAAUUUUUAAAUUUUCCUCCAAUUUCUCCACCACAUGUAAUAGCGCUUUCUUUGUCCAACCCGAACUUAUAAAGCAUCGCUCAUCGCUUUUGCCAAACCAUAGGAGACCAAGGAAGGUGCUUACCGUGCUUGACAUCAACAACGAGGAAAGGAAACAAAGAUUCAAUGCACCCGCUGCGAAGAGGAUGAUCCUCAACAGCCUAAGUACGAACCACCCCCAUAUAUACUCCUACUCGAGGGGUAGCCAAUCCAGAAGUCAUGUCAUAAAUUACGGGAGCGGCGGGUACGGAGGAGGGGGUCACGGAAGUGGAGGCUACGGAAACGGUGGCUACGGGGGUCACGCUGGUCGGGACCACCGAAAUAAUUACGCCAACGGGAAUUACAGCUCUCAUAUGAGUGCCCCCAGGAACCAUACUUCCUACCACCACGGCCCCAAUUAUCAGAGCCACCAAAAUCAUCAAGCCUAUCAAAAUCAAAAUUCCAGUUACGGCAACAAUUACCCACCAUCGAGCUACAGAAACGUGGUUAUGCACAAGGUCCCAAAAAAUACAGCCUCGGCACACACAUACGAUAGCAAGAAGGAGAGCAGCUAUAACAACGCCUACGACAGUAGCUAUGCAUCCCAUAGAAACCAAUCUGGCAGGGAUAAUCCGAACUACGACGCGCCCUCCAACACUUCCCACAGUGUGAGGUACAAGGAUGGGAACCGCGGCGGGUACGGGAGUCACGGAGGGUACACCACCCAUGGCAGUUACAAACACCACACUGGUUAUGGAAACUAUGGCAGCCAUAACAGCAGUCAUAACCACGAAGUUAACCAACACAAGCGAGACACCUUCAAGAGCAGCACGCAAAAUGGCGCACCAGGGGUUAACAAGAAGGCCAACUACAACGGCAGAUCCGUGCCGUACAAUGACAGGGAAUACUGA